CAUAUUUUCUAUGACAAUCAUAAAUUUGAGCAAGCAAUUGUCAGCAAUGCAGCAAUGGAAGCGCAUUGUUUAGUGUUAAAAUCGACAGUCUAGUUAGACACAAAAAAGAAAACAUUUUGAAAAUUUACAUCCUCCUAGAAUACUUAUAAAAAUGGAAAAGGAAGCUAUGGAUACUAGUAGCGAAACAGCAGAUGAAAAUCAGGAAAAGUUUCAUGGUUCCCAUAACUUCCCCCCUCCCCCUGUAGUACGUGUACCAGUAAAACAUGCUAAUCUUGGCAUUCGGAGUCAUUCUAUGGACACGUUCGUAGGUUCACGUUCGCAAACGAGCUUCACGUCGUGGUCAUCCAUCCAUUCCAGGGAUAUGAGCACCAUGGUGGAACUGACGUCCUUUAGUACCUUAGGAAAAAUACAGCCAUUUCUAGUCACAAUUUCCACAACCGCAGCUCUUCUUGUUGAUCUGCACUGCCAUUUAACUGACAAAGAAGUCUGUGGUUACUUGGGAGGACACUGGGACGUCAAUGCUCAUACUCUUUCGAUAUUGGGAGCAUUUCCAUGUCGAUAUGCUGGCAAGGAUAGAUCUGCAGCCGCUGCAGUAGAAGCAGAAAUUGCACGAGCCAUGGAAUGGAAAAGAAUGAUAUUAGUGGGCUGGUAUCACUCUCAUCCUCGAACUCAUGCUUCCCCAUCUUUAAGGGAUGUGGAUUCACAACUUGACUAUCAAAUCAAGAUGAAAGGCCCAAGUGAUAAUGGUUACACCCCUUGUGUUGGACUAAUCUGCUCUCCUUACAAUACUGAUGGAAAUUGUUAUGAGUCCAACUUCAAUAUAUUUUGGUCUUUACCUCCGCCAGAAAAUAGACCCCACGAAUAUCCACGGCCAAUGCUUUUAAGCUACACAUUAUCACAGGAACACUUCCUUGCUCAAGAUGCUUUAGAUGAAAUUAAAAAAUGUAUCGAAUAUUACAAACUGGAAGGUGGGAUCGACUUUAAAGCAAUAUUCAGCGGCAGUGCAACUUAUCUCGAAAGGUUGAGGAGUUCUUUGCAAUCUAAACUUCCUGGGCGAAAUCGAACAAACGGAUCAUAUUGGGAAGUGAUCAGAGAAAUGAUUUGUCCUGGAUCAGUCGACGGUUCUUCGGACGCAUUCGUGAUGAAAUUCCCCCUCGCCACCGAACAACUUCUACAAUCUAGUUCCCUGAAUCCCGCAGGAAAUGUUUUUCUUGCACCAGUAAAUUUCAAACCCGAAAACACCAGCACAGUUGCUUCCAUAACAAAGCAGUUUGCAUCCCAUCACCACCAAGGAAAAGAUUCCUCUUCAGAAAGCAACCUGCUCAAACAUGACAUUCUGAAACAACAAUCUCAUCAUCUCCAACCUGAUUCGAUACCCUCUUUCAGAGCGGGUGAACUUACGGUUUCCCUAAAAAAUUCCAAGAACGAUUACGAAUAUACACCAACCGACUUUUCAAAGACUCUCAAUUCCUCAAGUAUGGACCCGGGAAAAUCGAGAGCAUCGGAUUAUCCACUGACUGAUUGUUUAACCCAGCAGAUGGCGAAAUUCCCAGAUUUAUCGAAGCUUGCAAAUUUUUCGCCGAGUGAGUUGGCCAAACUUUCGGGAUUCUCUUUCAAUGAUUUUACGAAGGCAUCUUCCUCAUACGUGAGAAAUAUCGCCAAUCUUUUUGGCCCACUUGGCAAAAGUUCGGACAUGCAGGAUGGAAAUGAUAGAAGAUCUAGUGAUUAUCCUUCCAUGGAUUCGAUUUCAAGUUCCUAUAAAAUCUCCUCUUCUCCCCCAUCGUUGCAGGAACAAAAUAGAAAUGUGAUGGAGGAUUAUGGGGGAGAGAGGAAAAAGGAUUUGGGGGAAAGUUCAAAUUAUAGUAUGAUGUCGGAGGACUUGUCCAUGUCGAAUUUGAAGCCUGACUUUGGUGCAAUGCUGGAUAUGAGUACUAAAAAACAUCAUUCGGAUUUGGGCGAUACCUUGAAUCUCUCGAAGGACCGUUGAGAAGGUAUUGUUUACGUAUUGUCUAGGAUUGCGAAAUUUUCCGUCUGGGGCUUAUUUUACGAAAAUGUUCGUACCUACCUUGUUUGGCGCACCGAAAUUAUUGAGGAACACUGUCCGACGCCUUUCCCGCUCCCAGACUCAUUUUUCAACAAUAGGUAGUACAACCGGUUUUCCAAUUCCAUUUCCAACAACUAGCCCGGUAAUAAGCGUCGAAUUUAGAAGAAUUAAGAAUUUGUAUUCCUAUGAAUACGCGAUUUUUCCUCCGUCUAAAAAUCCCCUAAUGGAAACAGAAAAAUUGCUACUCCUAUUCCUCUCAAUCUCAGUCUUAGUAAAAUUUAACGGAAGCAUUUAUUUAACCUAUUUUUCCAUUAUUAAAUCGUUUUA